UUGCCAAAAUAUUUUCGUCGCUCAGAGACCGCGACCUGUUCACUGACAAAAUUCCGACAUGCAUAUGAGUGUGUGUGCGUGUGUGUGUAUCCAUAUCCAGAAUUCCCUUCAUAUAAUCUGUAAACAUCCGGUUCCGGUAACCAAAGAUCGAUUCCUGUUUCUGGCUGCUGAAUUGUCUAUUCUUCUCUUGUGUUCAAUUCUUAUAAGAUUAACCCUCCACACCUGAAUACCCCUCUUAAGAAAGAAUAUCAGAUGGCAUUGGAUUAAAUGGACUCUUUACAUCAGCUGCAUCGUCAUCUAUGUUUAUCAUCUUAUAGAGACGAAUGGAAGGUGUUAUACAAAAUAGGUAUAACUCAAUCUAUAUGUCUUUUGUAGAAUAACUGUGAAAUGGUUCCUCUGAGUGAAAUUGUUAAUAACAUUUCUCUAUUUCACUAUUUGGAAUUUGUACCAAAUGUGUUUACUUUCUAACUAGACUUGGAGAAAUUUUAUAAAGAAGCAUGCAACAUCUUCAGAUAUGGACAAAGAUCACAACUGAUGGAAAUAUAGAUGUAGAACUAUUUGUAAGUACAAAAACAAGAAAAUGAGCCAUAUCUUGUGGAGACAAUAAAAUUAUGGAAAACUAAUUUUGAAAGAAACUUAAGGAAUAAACAUGUUUAUUGAAAGCUGCAAAAAACAUGGGAAAAUCAUAUCUCUGUAAUAUCUGUGGUUUAUCAUUCUGUAAAAAUAGUUACUUAACUACUCACAAACGUAUUCAUACAGGAGAAAAGCCAUAUUACUGUGAUGUUUGUGGUAAAUCUUUCUCUCAGUCAGGCAGCUUGACUAAACAUAAGCACAUUCAUGCAAAAGAGAAAGCAUAUCACUGUGAUAUUUGUGGUAAGUCCUUCACUGAAGGAAAUUCCUUAACUACACACAAGCGUAUUCAUACAGGUGAGAAGCCGUAUCACUGUAAUAUCUGUGGUAAAUCUUUCUCUAGGAAUGAUUAUUUAACUAACCACACACGUAUUCAUACAGGGGAGAAACCAUAUCGCUGUGAUAUCUGUGGCAAAUCUUUCCCACAAACGUGUCGUUUAGCUACCCACAAGCGUAUUCAUACAGGAGAGAAACCAUAUCACUGUGAUAUCUGUGGCAAAUCAUUCCCACAAACAUGUGGUUUAUCUACCCAUAAACGUAUUCAUACAGGAGAGAAACCAUAUCAUUGUGAUAUCUGUGGUAAAUCAUUCUCUGUAAAUAGUACCUUAACUAAACACAUACGUAUACAUACAGGGGAGAAGCCAUAUUGCUGUGAUAUCUGUGAUAAAUCCUUUUCUGAUUACAGUAGCUUAACUGCACAUAGACGUAUUCAUACUGGAGAAAAACCAUAUAAUUGUGAUAUCUGUGGUAAAUCAUUCUCUCGAAAUUAUCAUUUAAUUACUCACAAACGCACUCAUACAGGAGCUAGGCCAUAUCAUUGCGAUAUCUGUGGUAAAUCAUUUUCUCAAAAUGAGCACUUAAAUUCUCACAAACGUAUUCAUACUGGUGAGAAACCAUAUCGUUGUGAUGUCUGUGGCAAAUCAUUCUCUGGAAGUAAUAAUUUCACUAACCACAAGCGUAUUCAUACAGGACUGAAACCUUAUCAAUGUAAUAUCUGUGAAAAGUCAUUCUCUGUAAGAAGUAACCUAAUUACUCACAAACGAAUUCAUACUGGAGAGAAACCCUACCACUGUGAUAUCUGUGGUAAAUCAUUCUCUAGAAAAUAUCACUUAACUACUCACGAACGCAUUCACACAGGGGAGAAACCAUAUCACUGUGAUAUCUGUGGUAAGUCAUUCCAUGCAGGAAGUAACUUAACUACUCACAAGCGCAUUCACACAGGGGAGAAACCAUAUAGCUGUGAUAUCUGUGGUAAAUCUUUCUCUAGGAAUGAUUAUUUAACUAACCACACACGUAUUCAUACAGGGGAGAAACCAUAUCGCUGUGAUAUCUGUGGCAAAUCUUUCCCACAAACGUGUCGUUUAGCUACCCACAAGCGUAUUCAUACAGGAGAGAAACCAUAUCACUGUGAUAUCUGUGGCAAAUCAUUCCCACAAACAUGUGGUUUAUCUACCCAUAAACGUAUUCAUACAGGAGAGAAACCAUAUCAUUGUGAUAUCUGUGGUAAAUCAUUCUCUGUAAAUAGUACCUUAACUAAACACAUACGUAUACAUACAGGGGAGAAGCCAUAUUGCUGUGAUAUCUGUGAUAAAUCCUUUUCUGAUUACAGUAGCUUAACUGCACAUAGACGUAUUCAUACUGGAGAAAAACCAUAUAAUUGUGAUAUCUGUGGUAAAUCAUUCUCUCGAAAUUAUCAUUUAAUUACUCACAAACGCACUCAUACAGGAGCUAAGCCAUAUCACUGUGAUAUCUGUGGUAAAUCAUUUUCUCAAAAUGAGCACUUAAAUUCUCACAAACGUAUUCAUACUGGAGAGAAGCAAUAUCACUGUGAUAUUUGUAGUAAAUCAUUCUCUCAUGGAAAUGCCUUAAAUACUCACAAAUGUACUCAUACAGGAGAGAAGCCAUAUCACUGUGAUGCGUGUGAUAAAUCAUUCUCUUUAAGAAGUCACUUCACUAUUCACAAACAUACUCAUACAGGUGAGAGGCCAUAUCACUGUGAUAUCUGUGGUAAAUCAUUCUCUGAAGGAAGUAAUUUAACUAAACACAAAUAUAUUCAUACAGGUGAGAAACCAUUUCAAUGUGAUAUCUGUGGCAUAUCGUUCUUUCAAAGAAUUCACUUAGUUAUUCACAAACACACUCAUACAGGAGAGAAACCAUAUGGCUGUGAUAUCUGUAGUAAAUCAUUCUCUCAGAAAAGUCACUUAAAUACUCACAAAUGUACUCAUACAGGAGAGAAGCCAUAUCACUGUGAUAUCUGUGGUAAAUCAUUCUCUGAAGGAAGUAAUUUAACUAAACACAAAUAUAUUCAUACAGGUGAGAAACCAUUUCAAUGUGAUAUCUGUGGCAUAUCGUUCUUUCAAAGAAUUCACUUAGUUAUUCACAAACACACUCAUACAGGAGAGAAACCAUAUGGCUGUGAUAUCUGUAGUAAAUCAUUCUCUCAGAAAAGUCACUUAAUUAUUCACAAACGUACUCAUACAGGAGAGAAACCAUAUCAU